AGCAGUAGAAAGAAGAGAUCUAGAGAGAGAGAGAGAGAGAGAGAGAGAGAGAGGAAGGAGGCCAGGUGGUGGCCGGUGUGAGAGGGGGAUUAAUAAUUAUACAAUGGCACCAGUUGAGUUGCCACCGGGGUUUAGGUUCCAUCCAACCGAUGAGGAGCUUGUGAAUUACUAUCUCAAGAGGAAAAUCCAUGGCCAAGAGAUUGAACUUGACAUUAUCCCGGAGGUUGAUCUCUACAAAUGUGAGCCUUGGGAGUUAUCAGAGAAAUCAUUCUUACCCAGUAGAGAUCCGGAGUGGUAUUUUUUCGGGCCGAGGGAUCGAAAGUAUCCGAAUGGAUUCAGAACGAACAGAGCGACCCGAGCGGGGUACUGGAAGUCGACGGGGAAAGAUCGGAGGGUAAUGUGCCAGAGUCGAGCCAUCGGAAUGAAGAAGACGUUGGUUUACUACAGAGGCCGAGCCCCUCAGGGGAUUCGGACCGAUUGGGUCAUGCAUGAGUAUCGCCUCGAUGACAAGGAAUGCCUCGAAUCCUCCUCCGGAAUUCAGGAUUCGUAUGCGCUGUGCCGAGUGUUUAAGAAAAAUAGUGUUUGCUCAGAGAACGAAGAACAAGCCGGACAAUGCAGCUUAUCGCUGAUUGAAACUUCACAAGAGAGUCGUGUCAUUAACAACAACGAUGGUGAUAUCAUGUCAUCUUGUUACGAUCCUCAAGUUCCAUUAACAUCGUCAUUUGUAUCAUCAUCGUCAUACUGCAUGGUCGACGAAGAUGAUAACAACGAAGACGAUGAUGAUUCGUGGAUGCAGUUCAUCACAGACGACGGUUCAUUUCUUCCCGCACAUACCUGAGCAAGGGAGAUCUGCUCCUUUAGUUUUGGUUUUCCAAAUGCAUUUCAGAAAACUCUCUCUGCUUUUUCCGAUUAAAAAAACAAAAAAUUCUCUGCGUUUUGUUUUGACGGAUUUUCAAAACUUGGGAAAUAUAUUUCCUUACUGAAUGAAUAAGUACUUGUGUUUCGAAAUGAAAAUUUUAAAAAGUUUUUCAGAAAACUGGAAAUGGAACCGAAGAGUGGAUGCAUGCAUGGGUAUCGUUAACGUACGAUUAUAUUGUGUUACAUGCAUGAUUUCGGAUUGAGCAGUGCUAUGUACACUCUUACCGACAACUCAUCUCUCACAUAUGUGUCAGCCCCACACAUUUAAUUGUGGGAUGAGCCCCACACAUAUGUGAGAGAUGAGUGAUCGGGGAGUAGUCAGUAGGAAUAUUGUACCUAGACUUAUUAUUUCGUAUUACAGUAAAUGUAAUAAGGCUCCAUUAAUAAUAUUAAUGCAAGAUUCUUUUGUUAAA